AUGAGUUCAUCAUCACCAGGCAAGGUGGAGAACGGAGGCAGAGGGGGCGUGCGGGCGUCCAGCAGAACGCAGCGAGUGCUGCAGAAUUGGUGUCGAAACUGGAAGAACUACACCGUUGCCUUCAUUACGCUGGCAGCAAUCCUCUGGUUUGUCCAGGGGUCUGGCAGCAGGGCAGCGGGGGGCGUGAAGGGUGGAAGAAAGGGAUUGUUCGGGCGUGGGGAGGCGGACACCUGCCCAAGGAGAUACCCCCGGCUAACAGUCGAGGAGAUUAAAGGAGGGCGGUAUCCAUACUUGUAUGGGGGCCGGCCGGAUGGGUGCCGGCAGUGCCAGUCUGAGGAGUAUGUGUCCAAGUUCUGCCAGUUUGGCAUGGACGGCCAUGGGCAGUGCUGGGGAGGGCGGAGGGAACAGCUGAUCCAUUACUACCUGGAGCGAGGGUUCACGGAUAUCCUGACGUUCACCCCCUGCGACAUGUGGCCGCUGCUGCGCGGGCGCACCCUCUUCUUCAGCGGAGAUUCCCAGACGCAGGACUUCAUGAUGGCGGCGCACUGCUUCAUGUACGAGUUCACGGAUCUGGGGUGGAGGGAGCUGGGGGAUGAUGGAGUGGCGCCCCUGCGAAAGCCGGGCUUUGUGUGGCACACCGGCCCCGGCUGCGUGCUGCUGCCUGAAGACACCAAGAUCUGCUUCCUGCGCUGCGACACCGUCAGUUGCAUGAUGGGCGAGGUGUUGGAAAAGGUUGGCAAGGUGGGCAAGCGGAGGGAUUAUCUGGUGCUCAACUUUGGGCUGCACUUCUCAGAUUCCUACAGGGAAGAGCUGGAGGUGUUCAUCGGCCAGGCAAGCUUUCCCUCGGUGCAGGCGCUGCGCUCUGCCGGGGAGUUCCCGCACCUGAUCUGGAAGGACACGGCGCCGCAGCACUUCAAGACGACCUUCGGGGAGUAUCCCGAGGACAAGCCGAAGCCGCCGUUUGAAUGCGCGCCGAUUGGGAAGGGCAUGCCGCCACAGGUCGGCGCCGACAAGUGGCGGCUUCGUGAGGACCAUUCCGUGGAACUGCUCUCCCCCGAAUUUGCCACAGUCGCCGAGGGCGGCUGGCGCAACAAGAUCGCGAACGAUGUCAUGGCGAAGGCGGGAGUGCCAGUGGUGGCGGCCUGGAAUGAGACGCUGCCGCUGUGGGACUAUCACCGAGACAACGGCGCUGGCCUCGAGUGCACCCAUUUCUGCGUUCCCUCCGCGCCCCAGCUCUGGGUCUACUUGCUAACCAAGACUUUGCGAGCAAUUGCCGCUGCGGAGCCUGCUGGCGCCUCCGCCUGA